GGCACAGUGAUCAUGACCGACACUAGCGAUCUCGAUGUGCCGGAGACUCACGUUCUGGCCGUUGCCAGCCAUGUGACAUCUGGCUACGUCGGUAACACCAUGGCCACAUUUUGCAUGCAAACUCUCGGCUGUGAGGUUUCGGCAAUCCAUACCGUGAAUUACAGUAACCAUGUCGCCUACCGGGCCUUCAAAGGUCGCAAAUCGACCCCCUCGGAAGUCGCAGACCUCUACGCUGGCCUCCAGGAGACGAGACUUGACGAUUUCGACAUGAUGCUUUCUGGCUACUGUCCCUCUGCCGCACUCGUCGAGGAAGUGGGAAAGAUUGCACGCAAACAGAAACUCGCAUCGAGCACCAAGCCUGGCUCGUUCUUCUGGGUUCUGGAUCCUGUGAUGGGAGACAAUGGCAGGAUAUAUGUGGCUGAGGAUACGGUGCCUGAGUAUAAGAGUUUGUUGAAAGAUGCGGAUCUCGUAUUGCCUAAUCAGUUCGAAGCAGAACUGUUAUCGGAGAUCAAGAUACGGGAUUUGGGAUCGAUGAGAGAUGCGAUUGCGAAACUGCAUGAGAAGGGCUGUCCGAAUGUAGUUGUCACGUCCAUACGAUUACCUGCAAGCACAUCCGCUGGAGAAGAGGAGGGACAGAAGAGUGAUGGGCAACAAGCGAUGUUGAGUGUGAUUGGAAGCACAGCGACAUCAACGGGCACGCCACGAUUGUUUCGCGUGACAGUGCCCGCGCUCCCUGUAUUCUUCUCUGGAACGGGAGACAUGUUCGCCGCUCUACUCGUAGCUCGAUUGCGAGAGGCUGCACAAGCUGGUAAUGUGCUUGAUCGGCCUAGCUGGAAGAGCGAGGAUCAUGUCAAAGGGUGCGAACUGCCGCUUGCGAAGGCUACGGAGAAGGUACUGGCUAGUAUGGGCGCGGUGUUGAAGGAUACCGCGAGGCAUUAUGAGGCUGUCAAGCGGUCUCUGGACGCGCCGCCAGAGAUGAAUGAGGGCAAGGGCGAGGCAGGGGAAAAGGCGAGAGAGACGGAAAGGCACUUGAGGUUGACCAGGGCUGCUGAGGUGAGAGUUGUGAGGAAUGCGAGGGUGCUGAGAGAGCCGCCGAAUUUGGAGCUGUUCAAGGCUGAGGAGGUCUUGUUGAGCUGAUUGAUUGAUGCGCGAGCUGACGACGAUGCGCCGGCUGUAUGAACAAUUGAUGAACUAGAG